UUAAGCAGAUCUGACGUCCAUAAAGCGCCGAAAGUUUUUGCUUUUAAAUUAAGCGCGGGAUCAUCGGUUACGAGUAACGAAGACGCGGCUGUCGUCAUUCCAUCCAUAGCUGGUGUCACGCAUCGGCAUUGCAUUCAGCUUCACCCGAGGAAUCCAUCCUCGCAACCCAACACCAUGGCUGUGCCGCCACACGCCAUGCCGGAGCGGCAGCGGGAGCAAGAAGAUGACGACGACUUCACCUUCCCCACGCCGCAGCUCCCCGCCGGCCGCCGACUACCCUGCUCGGCGUCCCCGUACUCCUCCCCGCCGGUCUGGCUGCUCUCCUCCCCCAUCCGCCGCAGCUUCUCCGCCGCCGACUGCGCCGCCUCGCCGUGGCGCGCCAGGGUCGUGCUCAGCCGCCACCUCCUCAACGGCGCGUGCUCCCCUGCGCUCAGCGACUACGCCGCCGGCGCUGGCUUCUGUGACGACGAGGAGGAAGAGAGGAUGGAUAGCCUGUGGGAGGACCUCAACGACGACGACGUGGCCGGGGAAGACCUGGCCUUCGACAUAUCGCUCCGCCGGUCCGUCGGCGCGCCGGACGCUGCAGAGAGGGCGGCCAAGGAUCAGCGUGAAGCCGCGGCGCUCGGCGCGUCGAGGAGCUCGCGGCGGCGCUCGCCGGGGCUGGUGGUCAUGAUGCGCACGCUCAAGAGGAUGUUCGUCGCGCACAAGGGCAAGAGCAAGGUGCACAGGGAUGAGCAGAGCACCACCUCUGCUUCGGCUGAUUCGUCUUCCUCAUGCAGUAACAAUCCCUGCAAUAAGUGAUCAUCCGCAGCAACACGGCUACAAACUGCGAUCUUUAUUAGGUGACAAAAACUCAGCCUAAUACUCUACUAUAGCCAUGCUCAUCGUGCUCGUUAAGGCUUGUGCUUUGAUUGAUUUCUUGACUGGAUAGUUCCGGCCGGCAAUGGUAAUCAUUUCUGAGAUACAUUAAUGUGUAUCGUUGUGCAUAGUUUUAUCUGUUUUUGGUUAAAAAUUAAUGCUUCUAGUUAGACUGUACAUGUUCCAUGGACAAUAGUUGGAGAUCACUGAGAUUGUUCUCUUUUGUCCUCUCUUUGUAGAGUGUGGUCUUAAUUCCUACACUCUUGUUUGCUUGUAUUCUUGCCCUGAGAUAUAUGCAGCAGUGUAAUUUGUGGUUUACUAGUGAAUACUCCCUCCGUCCAUCUAUGUAAAGCUUAUUUUUAUUUGAAAAAAAAAUCAAUUUUGUAAAGUUUGAUCAACAGUUAAUCAAAUUAUACACAUGUUCAGUUUACAAACGUUACAUCAAUAGAUUCAUAUUUUAAAGUGCUUUUAAUAUGGUCUUAAGUUUGUAGCAAUUGACAAUAUAUCAUAAGAGAAAUUAAAGAUCAAACUCUACUUUUGAAGACUUCUUCAUUUUACAAUACACCUUACAUAGAUGGACUUAGAGAGUACUGAAUAGUAACUCUACUUAGCUGCAGAUUCAUUUAGAUCAUAAACUACCAAUAUUGUUCUUUUUUUGGUGAAGGUUUUAUGCUACCUACAGGCUAUGUAGUAUGUAAAGAACAUGUACCAGCAUCUCCUGUGAUUGCGAUGCAUACUGCCAACCUGGAGACUACUAGGCUUUUCUUGGACGCAACCUGAAGAAUUAGGCACAAGUCCAUUGUCAUCUACUCAUCUUCCUCCAUGAUUAGGGGCAAUUAGGACAAAACCCAUCAGCUUAAUUAAACAAAGUUGGAUCGUGUGCACAAUGGACAAAUUUGGUUAGGCCAUGUAUGUAACUGACAAGCUGUCAAAGUAGUUAGCCAUCUUGAUGUGAUACUAACAGUUCUUGUUAGAAUGUUGCACUGGCACCUGAUGAGGAGAUCUUCAGAAUGUUGCACUUGCGCCUGUUGGGAAGAUUUUCAACGUGUGAAACAAAGAAACUCUAGCACAUUUACCAUAUCCAAUGAUUCGCCAUUUGUUAACAAUUUUAUCUUUUGAAACAACAAACGAAUUGCCCUUCACAAAAGCACACACCAUCCCAAUCAUUGCUCAUGUCCCAUUAGUGCAAAAUUAUCAGCCCCAUUGGAUGCAGAUUUUAGUUUAUGAUAUACAGUUUUUGCUAAGUCGUUGGAGCGCAAGAUAGCAUGAAUGGCAAGAAUGUUAGAUCGGUGUGAAACAAGCAGAAGGUCCACUGGUACCUGGUAGGCUGAUACCAUGUGAUUCACAAUCCCUUAAGAUUUCCUUGGCAGUACAGGCGUAUGGACCUACAUAUCACUCAAUUUCCUUGGCAGAAUUUGUCCAGAUAGCUUGGGAAAUCGAAAGCAAAGAAGAUGCCCUGAAGAAAUUGCUCGUGCAAUGUUACCUUCCAUAUCUCGAUGCCACUGUCAUUCUCAUCCUGCAAAGGCAGCAAGCAGCUCUGGAAAAGCAAUAUAAACCGUCAUCGGUUGAUGAAACUAGCAUGUUGGUUGUUCUAGAGGCCAAAAUCAAUCUGCAGAUCGAUGGCGCUCCACUGUACAGCACAGAGAAGAAGACUUGACGCACAAAGUCCCAAGGAACACUGGUCCUGAAUUACUGGUACCCACAAGAGAAGCCGUAGAUGAGUGAUGAGAGUUCAAUGAGCUGCAGAUGGAGGGGACCGGUGAGGAGCUCGAGCCUCCGGUCUCGCACCCCUUCAAAAAGCCUCCGAGAAGGCACCGGGAAGAGGGCCCGGUGUUAAAGAAACAGGGUUCAUUUCAGCAAUGGCAGAUGCAGGGCCACCAAGCAGGAGCUCUAACUCUUCUUCCUCCUUCUACUUCUACUCCUCAUUCUCGUCCUCUUCUCUUCUAAUCUUCCUUUUCAAUUUUUUUGACAAUUCUUUUGCUUUCAUGCCAAAAAUGUCAAAAAAUUGAAAAGGGGCUCAUAGGUGUGCCCGGGAGGGGGGCACGGUAGAUCCUUCCUUGCAUUUCAGUACCAAUAGCAGCCCAGCUUGGUAAAUGUUGCAUUCAAUGGACAGAUCAAAUUUGUCUCGAGUAUUUGAAAGGGAUGAAUUGGCAACCAUGCCAUGCUUGUGGUUAU